AUGAGGUUACUAUUUAAAGGGGGAAUUUGGAAAAAUAGUGAAGAUGAAAUUCUUAAAACAGCUGUAAUGAAAUAUGGCUUAAAUAACUGGUCUAGAGUAGCCUCAUUACUAGUUAGAAAAUCAGCAAAACAAUGUAAAGCAAGAUGGUAUGAGUGGUUGGAUCCCAGAGUUUGUAAAACAGAAUGGUCUAGGGACGAAGAAGAAAAAUUACUACACUUAGCAAAAUUAUUCCCAUGUCAAUGGAGAACAAUUGCACCAAUAGUCGGUAGAACAGCCUAUCAAUGCCUUGAACAUUAUGAAUUAUUAUUAGAUAGAGUACAAGGAAGGGAGCUUUUUAGUGCAACUAAUGAUCCACGUAAAUUACGUCCUGGAGAAAUAGAUCCAAAUCCUGAAUCUAAACCAAGUCGUCCAGAUGCUAUAGAUCUUGAUGAUGAUGAAAAAGAAAUGUUAGCUGAAGCACGUGCUCGUUUAGCUAAUACUAAUGGAAAAAAAGCAAAAAGACGAGCUAGAGAACGUCACCUAGAAGAAGCAAGAAGAUUAGCAAUGUUACAAAAACGAAGAGAGCUUAAAGCAUCCGGAAUGCUUUCAGCUGCAUCUAUAACAAGAUACAGAAAAAGAAAAUAUAAAGAUGAGGACUAUUUAAGUGAAAUCCCUUUCCAAGAGAUACCAGAAGAGGGUAUAUUUCCUGUUGAGUAUGAGAAUAAACAAAAAGAGCAAACAAAGAAAACUUUAGCAGAACUUGAAGGAAUUGAAUUAAAUAAAAAGAAAAAGCAAAAAAAAAGAGAUGAUGAUGAAAUGAAGAAAAUUAUGAAAACUAAUUUACCGAAAGUUUUGUCUGAUAUUCAAAAAGCAAAUCAAAUUACUAAUAUACCAAAAAAAAGAAAGUUAAUACUACCUGAACCUAAUUUUACUUUAGAGGAUAUUAAAUCAAUAGGAAAUAUGAAAUUUGGUUUAAAUAUUGGUGGUACAGUAAAUACAUCAAUUGCACAUUCUAUAGCAAAUUAUUCGGGAUAUUCAAGUACAACAUAUAAUACUAAUAAAUAUACUAAGAAUCCCAGUAGUAUAAUGGAUGAAGCAAAGAAUGAAUUAAUAAGGAAAAUAUCACCAAGUCCUUUAAGUUUAGACCAGGAAACUGAAAAGAAAAUUAAAAUAAUUAAUGAAAAUUCAGAAAUUAUUACUUCUAAAACAUCUUCAUAUAUUAAUGAAAAUUUUAAUAAUAAAAGUAUAUUACGAAGUAUGGAUAAUUUUGCAAUAAGCCAUAGACUUAGUUUUAAUUCAAACUCAAUUACUGAUGAAACUGGUAGUGUUGCUUCUUUAGAUCCUAUUGGUAGAAAAGCACGUCUAGAGAUGUACAAAAUGCAAGCAAAAACAGCAUUAUAUAAUCUUCCUAAAGUAAGUAAUGAUGUUGAAAUUAAUAUUGAAGUUACUACUAAUAAUUUAAGUAACUUAAGCAAUAUAAGAAAUCCCAAUAAUUUAUCGAAUAUUCCAAUAGAUAAAAUGGAUAUAUUAAGGGAUGAAAAGAGGCAGAAAAAACAAGAAGCUGACUUAAUAUGGAAGAAACAGACACAUGUAAUACAAAAUAAUCUACCAAGACCUUUUAUUAUAUCACCUAAGGAUUUAUUAAAUAAUUAUAAUAUGGAAAAUAAUAUAAGUAGCUUACAUGAAUAUGUUCAAGCAUUUGAAUUAAUAAAACAAGAACUCGUUAACUUAAUAAUUAAUGAUUCAAUCAUAUUUCCACAAAAAAUACCCCAAAAUCUUGUAGGAUAUGCUUCUUAUGAUAUAUAUAGUGAUCAUUUCAUUAAUGAUAAAUUAUUAAAUAAUGAUAUUUUAUCUUCCGAUAUUAGCAAGGCAUUAGAUAUGAUAAAUGAUGAACUAUUAUUUAUGAAAAAAGAAAAUCCACAAUACUACAAAACCUUUCCAGAAGACUACAUUGUAAAUAAUAUAUAUGAUCCGAAAUAUUUAUAUGUUCCAUCUUAUAAUAAAUAUAUGGAUAUUGAUAAAAUAUCAAAUAAUGAACUUUUAUCUGGAUAUAAACAUCUAUAUCAGAUUUUAUUUACUAUAUAUAAAGAGAAGUUUAUAUCUACUGUUGAACUGGAAGGAAAUGUUCAAGAAACCUUAAAACCUUAUAUUAUUGAAUCAAAUAAACUCAAUGAUGAAAUAAAUUUUAUUCUGAAUGAUAUAAAUAAGAAAAAAAUUGAAUUGGAAUCUUUUAAACAUAUACAGGAACUUGAAAAUAAUUCUUAUAAUGUAAGACUCAAAAACUUAGAAACUUUAUUAGCAAAUGAAAAAAGUAUUAAUAAGAAAUUACAAUUAUAUUAUAAAAAGUAUAAACAAGAUCUAUAA